GGCCAGGGGCCCAGGCAGGGGGAUUCAGUCCCUUUGGGCAUCAGCCGUGGCCCAGCUCUCAUUCCAGCCCUCAGGGUGAGCCCUAAUUUGGAAGUGGGGACCCUCUCUGGCAUCCCCAAGGUGGUGAGAGACAGGUUGGAAAGCUCCUGCCGUCGGUCUCCCUCUCACAAGGGUUUUAUUUUUUUUUCCCUUUCCCCUCCUCAUUCCCUUAAUUGCAGAUGUUCUAAUUAAACCCUCAAAUAGUUGUUAUGCCGUUUUAAAAGGUACUUAUUCAAGUGUCAACCAGGCUGGGCUGGGAGGAGGCAGCGUAGGGCGGCGAAUUAAAGGUAGAUUGACUAAUCACAGCGGCGAUCAUAAUAAUAAAAUCAGAGGGAAAAAAAUCACAUUACGACUUUUCGUGGAAAGGAGGGAGCAGGCAGCCAGCGGCCGCCAGCCCUGCGCUGCCGCCGACACAAAGAGUGCGGGCGAUUCCGCGAGACUGAUUUAUGACGUUUUACAGCCCUAUAAAAGCUGUAGCGACGAGGCAAGCGCUCCUACCACCGCUGGCAGAUUUAGUCUAAUAAAUAAAACAUAAACAGUUAACUUUAUGUGUCACUUUUAUUGUUAUCAAGUAAAAUAUAGCCGAGCCCCGGCAAGCUAUGAUUUUAAACUAUAAUUGUUAUCAAGUACAACAAGGGGACCCGGCUCCCUCCCUGGGCUCUCCCUUCUGCCACCCCCCCCCCAACUCUGACUUAUGGGAUCAGUUAAUUGGAAUUGGUGGCCUGACGUGGCCACCCUAACUGGGGGGGGUGGGGUGGAAAGCUGCUCUUCCUUGCCCCCUCCCUCCUCCAUGGCCCUGCCACCCCACCAUCAGGGUGUUCUUGUGGGUGGUGGCAGAGCGAGGGGAGGGGGCAGGAAUGGACUAGAGACCCCCCCCCAAGGCUCACCCAGCCUCUCCGGCUUGGUGAGCUCACCCCUCAGCUUUUGGAAAGCAGCCUAGAGCUGGCCCUGGGGGAUGCGUGUUUACAUGUAAACACAUGUGUUACAUGGAUACAAUCCCUGGCCGGAAGCAGGAUCUACCCACACAGGCCUCCCUCUUAGCUAGGUCUGCCCUCUGUAGGGAUGGAGAAAGAAGAGCUCCCAGGGCCUUGGCUGGGCACCAUCACAGGGCACUGACCCCUGGCAGAUCGCCGUCCUCCUAGGGAACCAGCCUUGGAGCUAGUUGUCAGGAAGCAGCAGGCCAGACCGAAUGGAGAGCGGAAACAGCAGCCAGCAGGAGAGAUCCUCUGCGCUGGGCUGGGCAGGGAGGGUCAAUGGGUACUCGGGGAGGGCAAGGCUUCUGAACUCUGCUUUUGCCAACCACUUCCUGUCUCUCUUCAGCGGGGGCUCAACCCCCAGACCUCCAGAAAUGACGUCAGAAUCAUUUGCAUCCCGCUGCCUCUACCUGCCCGGUCCAGCUGGGACCCUGCCUCGCCGGCCCCAUGGCCAGAGGGUUGGGUGAGUGUGUCUGGGGAAGGGGGCUGGACGCUGGUCUCCUUGGAGGGGAGGCACCCCAGGCUCACCAGCCUCCUGGGCUCGGCCUGGGCCCCUCCCCAUCCAACCUCCACUCCAGUCCUCAUUCAACUUCCUCUUCCUGCGAAAGAGGGGCGCUGCCCGGUGACCUACACAGACUGAGAGAGAAUCGCCAUGAAUGGAGACGUCUGGAAAAGCUCGGGAGCCGAGGCCCGAGGGGCCCGCCGGAGGCCCAAGGAGAGACCCUGGGAGGGGGCCGAAUCGCAGCCUCCCGACAGCCCCCCAACGCCCAGGCUUUGGAAGGGAGCUGGGGGCUUCCCAUCUCCUUUGGCAGGGGUGGGCUGUCAGUCGGCGGGGGUGUGCGCUGGGGGCACCCCAGCCCCUGCCAGUUAACCCCCCAUCACCACCCCCCGCCCCAGCAGCAGCAGCAGCACCACACACACACACAAAAAAAUUGGAUACAUUUUGAAUAAAGCGAUUCGGUUCCUUAUCCGGGGACUGGGUUGCUCCGUGUGAUUGGCCGGCGGAGUCACAUGGUGAAAGUAACUUUACAGGGUCGCUAGCUAGUAGGAGGGCUUUAUGGAGCAGAAAAACGACAAAGCGAGAAAAAUUAUUUUCCACUCCAGAAAUUAAUGAUCAUGAGCUCGUAUUUGAUGGACUCUAACUACAUCGAUCCGAAAUUUCCUCCAUGCGAAGAAUAUUCGCAAAAUAGCUACAUCCCUGAACACAGUCCGGAAUAUUACGGCCGGACCAGGGAAUCGGGAUUCCAGCAUCACCACCAGGAGCUGUACCCACCACCGCCUCCGCGCCCUAGCUACCCUGAGCGCCAGUAUAGCUGCACCAGUCUCCAGGGGCCGGGCAAUUCGCGAGGCCACGGGCCGGCCCAGGCGGGCCACCACCACCCCGAGAAAUCACAGCCGCUCUGCGAGCCGGCGCCUCUCUCAGGCGCCUCCGCCUCCCCGUCCCCAGCCCCGCCAGCCUGCAGCCAGCCAGCCCCUGACCAUCCCUCCAGCGCCGCCAGCAAGCAACCCAUAGUCUACCCAUGGAUGAAAAAAAUCCACGUUAGCACGGUGAACCCCAAUUAUAACGGAGGGGAACCCAAGCGCUCGAGGACAGCCUACACCCGGCAGCAGGUCCUGGAAUUAGAGAAAGAGUUUCAUUACAAUCGCUACCUGACCCGAAGGAGAAGGAUCGAGAUCGCCCACUCGCUGUGCCUCUCUGAGAGGCAGAUCAAAAUCUGGUUCCAAAACCGUCGCAUGAAAUGGAAGAAGGACCACCGACUCCCCAACACCAAAGUCAGGUCAGCGCCCCCGGCCGGCGCUGCACCCAGCACCCUCUCGGCAGCCACCCCGGGCACUUCUGAGGACCACUCCCAGAGCGCCACGCCGCCGGAGCAGCAACGGGCAGAGGACAUUACCAGGUUAUAAAACAUAACUCACACCCUGCCCCCACCCCAGGCCCCCCAUCCUCCCCUCACACACAAAUUGACUCUUAUUUAUAGAAUUUAAUAUAUAUAUAUAUAUUUUGGUUCUUUUCGCUCUUCCUCCCACCUUAUCCCUUGUCAAUUACAAACAGACAAAAACAGAUAAACAGGCCCCCUGCCCUUCUCUCCUUUCCACUGUUAAGGACCCUUUUAAGCAUGUGAUGUUGUCUUAGCAUGGUACCUGCUGGGAUUUUUGUUUUUUGUUUUUUUUUUAAGGCCACUUUGGGGGGUUAUUUAUUUUUUAAGGAAAAAAAAAGCUGCAAAAAUUAUAUAUUGCAAGGUGUGAUGGUCUGGUUUGGGUGCAUUUCAGGGGAAAUGAGGAAAAGAAAAAAGGCAAGAGAUUUUUAAGCAAAUUCUCCUCCUUCUCCUCCUCCCCCCCCCCUUUCCUUAGGCCUUUUGCAUUGAAAAUGCACCAGGGGAGGUUAGUGAGGGGAAAGUCAUUUUAAGGAGAACAAAGCUAUGAAGUUCUUUUGUAUUAUUGUUGGGGGGAGCUGGGAGGAGAGGGGGGAAGAGAGCAGACAAAGCUAAAUGCAUCUGGAGAGCCUCUCAGAGCUGUUCAGUUUGAGGAGCCAAAAGAAAAUAAAAAUGAACUUUUAGUUCAGAGAGGCAGUCUAUAGGUAGCGUACCCCCUCCCCCCUCCCCAUCGUGGUUAUUGUGUUUUUGGACUGAAUUUACUUGAUUAUUGUAAAACUUGCAAUAAAGAAUUUUAGUGUCGAUGUGAAAUGCCCCGUGAUCAAUAAUAAACCAGUGGAUGUGAAUUAGUUUUA